CACGCUUUCGUCAACUUUCCCCUUCCCUUCCACCCAGUCCUGGUUGCUCUGCAAAACCUGUCUCUCUCUCUCUCCCCUCUUUCUCUCUCUAAACACACAGAGAGAAGGACAGAGGAAGACUCAGAAAAACCCACAGACCCUUUGAACCUUUUGUCUCAAAAAUCACAACUCCUUUUGGAUUUUGCCAAUCCUCCAAAAUCUUCCCAAAAUUUGAAACUUUAUUGAAAAACAAGCGACCCCAAAUCUUUAAUUUUCUCAAAGAGCACCAGAAAUCCACGAAAUGGUUGUCGGAUUACAGAGGAAAGUAGCAGUUGUCGGGGUUGUUGUUGGGAAAAUGAGGGAUGUUUUCGUGGCUGGCAAGGAUAGCGUGUACGUGUUGGAAGCCAUUGCGGAGAUAUGCCCGUAUGAACAAGGAUGAGGUGGACGACUCGUCGUUGGAGGACCCUUUGCUGUGGUGCAGAAGCCUCGACAGGCACAGCUAUGGAGAAUUCUCGUUCGCUGUCGUGCAGGCCAAUGAAGUUAUUGAGGAUCACAGCCAGGUGGAGACCGGCCGAGACGCCACCUUUGUUGGUGUUUAUGACGGACACGGUGGACCUGAUGCUUCUCGCUUCAUUAAUGACCAUCUCUUUCUUCAUCUCAUGAGACAUGCUCAAGAAAAGGGAACCAUAUCUGAAGAUAUUCUUAGAAGUGCCUUUUCUUCGACGGAGGAUGGGUUCCUUACUCUUGUGCGUAGGACUUGUGGAAUAAAGCCAUUAAUGGCAGCAAUUGGGUCUUGUUGUCUGGUUGGAGUUAUCUGGAGAGGAACAUUGUAUGUUGCUAAUCUAGGAGACUCUCGAGCAGUAAUUGGUUCUAUAGGUAGAUCGAAUAAGAUAGCUGCUGAACAGCUAAAUAGGGAGCACAAUGCAAGUAUGGAGGAGGUUAGACAAGAACUCAGGUCCUUGCAUCCAGAUGAUUCACAUAUUGUUGUUAUGAAGCAUGGCGUUUGGCGUAUCAAAGGCAUCAUACAGGUGUCUAGAUCUAUCGGUGAUGCAUACUUAAAGAGGCCAGAAUUUUCUCUUGAUCCUGAUCCUACAUUUCCGAGAUUCCACCUAUCUGAGCCCCUUGGCCGGCCUGUGCUAACAGCAGAACCAUCUGUAUGCGCUAGGGUUCUACAACCCAAUGAUAAAUUUGUAAUAUUUGCAUCCGAUGGGCUAUGGGAGCAUAUGACAAAUCAGGAAGCUGUGGAGAUUGUACAUAAUAAUCCUCGAGCAGGAAUUGCAAAAAGGCUUCUCAAAACAGCUUUGAGCGAGGCAGCUAGGAAAAGGGAGAUGAGAUAUGAUGACCUUAAGAAGGUUGGAAAGGGAGUUAGGCGGUUCUUUCACGAUGACAUUACGAUUGUUGUCAUUUUUAUAGAUCACGAUUUACUGGGGAAGAACCAACCCGCACCUGAGCUUUCCGUAAGAGGGUUCAUUGACACUGUUGGACCGUCAAGUUUUAACAUGUUCAAGGAUUGAUAUGAUGUGAAGUCAGUAUAACACCCAGUAACUCGAUUGGCUGGGUCUGGUUUUAAGAAACCAGCUUCAGCAAGUUUUAUUCUCCUUCAACAUUUUUCUAACAUUGGGUUGUUUUCUUCCAGUUUUUCUUUUAUAUAAACUGAUUUCUUUCCAUAAAACUAUGCACCCUAGGCAAAGCUAUGGACAAGCUUCAGAUUUUUUUCGAGGUUCAUAAGUUGGAGUCUGUAUACACCCGAAAGCUGUGCAAUGUAUUUCGAUUUAAUAAAUCCGUUCUUGUUACGCCUUUUCAGUUACUGUAGGCGUUUUAAGAAUGUGAAGCCAGCGAAGUACUGCAACGCUUAUUCGUCCUGUUUGAUGAGUUGCAUCUUUAUUAACAAGUUGCUGGAAAACCAAUGGUGUAAAUCUGAAAUGCAGAAUUCUGGAGCUAUCUUGUUUUAUAAUGCAGACCAUUACUUUGAAAUCUUUCAA